AAUAUUUGGGAAUCAAUACAUCAAAUUAUCAACCAUGUUUUCUACUAAUAAUACUUAUUAUUAUUCCCUUCUGGCCACCAUUUUCUCAGUGCUAACAUUGGUUUUCCCUUCAGAAGGACAAUUGAGUGCAACCUUCUAUUCCAGUACAUGCUCCAAUGUCUCAACCAUUGUGAGGAAUUCUGUGCAGCAGGCUUUGACAUCUGAUUCACGUAUUGCUGCUAGCCUCACUCGUCUCCACUUUCAUGAUUGCUUUGUCGAUGGCUGUGAUGGGUCCAUUUUGCUCGAUGUUGGUGGUAACAUCACACAAAGUGAGAAAGAUGCAGCUCCGAACGCCAAUUCCGUUCGGGGGUAUGAUGUGAUUGACAGCAUCAAGAGCACCGUCGAAAGUUCAUGCCCUGGUGUUGUAUCUUGUGCUGAUAUUCUUGCACUUGCUGCAGAAUCUUCUGUGUCUCUGUCAGAAGGUCCUUCAUGGACUGUAUUACUUGGAAGAAGAGACAGUUUAACUGCAAACCAAGCUGGUGCCAACACCUCCCUUCCAUCUCCAUUUGAGAGCCUAGCCAACAUCACAUCCAAAUUCUCUGCUGUUGGCUUAGACACAACAGAUCUUGUUGCAUUAUCUGGAGCACACACCUUUGGUCGUUCGCAAUGUCAAUUUUUCUCGCAAAGAUUGUUCGACUUCAAUGGCACAGGAAACCCUGACUCUACCUUGAACACAACAUAUUUGAGCACUCUGCAACAAAAUUGUCCCCAGAAUGGGAAUGGUGCUACAUUGAACGACCUUGAUCUUUCAACCCCUGACACUUUUGACAACGACUAUUUCACCAAUCUUCUCAUCCACAAAGGUCUUCUCCAAACAGACCAAGAACUCUUCUCCACUGAUGGUGCUUCCACAAUCUCCAUUGUUAACAACUUUGCCAACAACCAAACUGCUUUCUUUGAAGCCUUUGCUCAGUCCAUGAUCAACAUGGGCAACAUUAACCCUUUGACUGGAACUCAAGGAGAAAUCAGAAGUGACUGCAAGAAAGUUAACGGAAGUUAAACACCGUUAAUACUAUCUUCAACAACUUGUAAAUUCUCACAUUAUCUGCAGUUUUCAUUCUGCAUUUGUGUGUGUGGCUGAGAAAUUGAUAAAGUUUAAUGUCUGCAUUUGUGUGUCUAAUAGUGCAUAAAAUGUGGUUUCUUUUUUCCUUUCUGGGUGGGUCACUGCGAAAUGUUUGAUAAAUUAUUAUGUUGUACCAUUCUCAUGUUUCCUUAUGAUGUUGUUAAGUUUCAAAGUAUGCCGGAAUGAAUAAAUAUUUCCCGUAUA